AUGGCCCGCGACCCCUACAGAGCUUCCACCGGCGACCUUAGCCGUGGCGGCGGAGAGCGAUGGGACCGCGAGCGCUUCAUGUUCGAGCGAGACCGUGACCGAUUCGGCGACGAGCGUUCUAGGUUCGAAGAGGACGACCGCUAUAAUCGCGGCCCGCCCCGCCGCCGCGAGUCCGUCGACCACGACCGACGGCCCCGAGCGUUCGACGAUGACGUCGUCAUCCGCGAGAACCGCCGCGUCUACUACGACGACGAGCCUCGCUUCCAGAGACGACGCUCUCCUCCCGAUACCGAGGUUGACCGUCGUGUCGUGAUUGAGAGAGAGCGCGAGCGUGUGCGAAGCCCCUCCCCGCCCCGCCGACCGGGCACCCUGCUGCGCCGACAGUCCAGCCUCGACACCUUUGACCGCAGACCGAGAGGCUACUACGAGCGCGAAGAGUACGGACCUCCCGCUCGCAGGGAAGACUUCCGCCCGCCUACUUACACCCCGAUCCCACUCCCACGAAGCAAGGCGCUGCCUCCACCUAGGCGGUUCGCUGAGCGAGAGUACUAUGAUGAGAUCAAGGUCUCCGAUCCUGACUACUACGGCGAUGACGACUACAGACCGUAUCCCGAGCGUGUUCGGGAGAAGGAGAUCAUCAAGACCCGGAGAAGAGAUCGUAGCCCUGCUUCACGAACGAGCCGUGGACGGAGCCAUCGCGGCAGCAGUGUCCGCGGCAGCUCGCGGUCAUCUAGCACCAGCAGUAGAUCAUCUAGUAGCAGCGGUGGUACAACUGUGAAGAGUGAAUACCCCAAGAAGGGUAAAACUCGCAUUCCGCGAAGACUUGUGUCGGAGCGGGCUCUCAUCGACUUGGGAUACCCAUUUGUGGAAGAGGGCAACGUCAUCGUUGUACUCAAGGCACUCGGACAAGAUAACAUUGACGACUUGCUCAAACUCAGCGAAGACUACAAGAAGGCUGAAAUGCAAAUCGCUACUGCACGCAAUCCACCAGGUGGUUUUAUCGAAGAACGACGGGAAGACAUCUAUGUCGGCCCUCCUCCACCUCAGCCGCCGCCAAUGAUGACGCCUGCUGCACAAUACCAGCAACCCGCGCCAUACCAGUAUCAGCAAAUGCCGCCUCCUCCGCCUCCUGUUGAGGUUGUCAACCAGACCACCGUCAUUCGAGAUGUCUCCCCGGCCCGCUCGUACACUACGACAACAUCUGCCACGCCUUAUAUCGUCGACGCUCGACCUGUCGAGGUUUCUGAGCCCAUGCAAGUUGGACCGCUUGCGCUGGUAACCGACUCUCAUCACCACCGAUCGAGAUCUCGAAGUGAGAUCCGGUCCGAGAUUAAGGACCUGGAACGCCAACUCGCACGCUCAAAAAUGUCCGGCCGAGACGUCGUCAGGGCAGAGCGACUCAGCGACGGGCAGCUCGUGCUGUACGAGGAGAGGAUCGAGAAGAUCGAGGAGCCGCAUCGUGGUGUGCGCAUUGAAAAGGACAAGAAAGGUAGGAUGGCCAUCAGCGUACCCAAGUAUCGCUAA